UUUUUUCAGUGGUCUUUAAAAUUUGUUUUAUUUUUAGUUGGAUUCAACUUCAAAAUUUCACUACCAACGAAGGACUAAUCUCCCAUUUAAAUGCUAUCAAUGAUCAACGCUCUACUUUACUUCAUGCACUUCGUUUGGCCAAUUCAAAAAGACCACUUAAAGAAACUUGUGUCUGUGCUAAAAAUUGUGGUGAUUCUCCAUCAAAAUCCAAAAAAUCUUCGGAUGGAUUGCAAAAUGAAACGAUAAAUUGUUUUGUUUGUAAUGCUAGAUUUCAUGCUUCAUGUAUUCAAUGGGACCUUUUCUUUGAACGUUUACCAGCUGGAAUUUAUUUAUGUCAACGUUGUCUACGCAGCCGACGUCCAUGUAUUGAAGAGGUUGAAGCUGCAUGUUCUCUACCUGAUUUGCCAGAUAACAGUCUUGAAAAGAUGCUCGUCAAAAAUUUAAUUGAUCACAGCACUAGAAUUUUCCAGAAUCUUCAUAAUCAACUCCAUUUUAUACCUAAAGGUGUUGAUUUGUCUACAAUAGAAGAUGAAACAAAAAAUAAAUUAAUUGAUUCACUUAUCAUGGCUCUUUCAACAGAAGUUGUCGAUGUACAAAUUUAUCAAAUGCUUUGUGCUUCUGCUUUUUUUGAUAUUUUUCCGAUUGAACAAAACAAUGUUGUUAUAUUACAAAAAAUUAAGGAAAGAGUUCCAAAUUCAAAUCCUCGUCCAGUUCUCUUCUCUCUGUUUAAAUCUCCAAUAUUAAUUGAACAUUCAUCUCGUCAAAAUUCGAAUAAUCGACGCAUUUCUGGCAUAAAACGACGUAGUACAAAUUCAACAACAACACCAAAAGGAAAUCGAAGAAGUUCAGGAAAAGCUUCGAGAGGAGGGAGAACUUCUUUAAAUUCUCGUCAAAAUGUAUUCAAAGGCGAAGAAGAUUUUUUAGAUGCCGACUUUAAUGGGAUGAGAAAUGAAGAAGAGGAUGAGGAAACUUCAAGUAAUUAUGAUGAAUCAGGAUCGAUUAAAAGAGUUUCUAAAGAUCAUCAUUUGGAAAGAUGUGCUGCUGAUUUAUGUUUAAAUCCCUAUAGUGAAUAUACACGUUGGAUUCAAUGUGAAGCUGGCUGCGCUCGAUGGUAUCACUUUUGUUGUGUAGGCAUUUCAGUACGUGGAGCUCAACUAAUUUCUUCAUAUUGUUGUCUUAAAUGCUCUUCUUCCUCUUCUUCUUCAACAGCAGCAGCAACAACAUCAUCAUCAACCUCAUUUUGUAAUAAAAUUGUAAAUAUUGAAGUUGAAAUUGAAAAACAACAGCAACCACAACCAUCAACAAUAUCUGCAGAGCAAUAA